AUGAAGGGUUCAUUUCUGCUGUUGCAUGCCCUGGUGGCGGCCGUUGGGUCAAUUCCAACGCGCUCUGACUAUGUCCUCCACGAACGUCGCGAUGCUAUACCAAGCCACUGGACUGGCGAGAAGCGUCUGGACGGCCAGACCAUGCUACCUAUGCGAAUUGGUCUGACCCAGUCGAACUUGGACCGGGGUCAUGAUCUUCUGAUGGAAGUGUCCACGCCCGGUUCCCAUCGGUACGGCGACCACCUGACCGUUGACGACGUCCAUGAUCUAUUCGCCCCCAGUCAAGACAGUGUAGACACCGUCCGCUCGUGGCUGGAGUCCGCAGGCAUUGCCCCUGAUCGUAUCACCCAGUCGACAAACAAGCAAUGGCUCCAGUUCGAUGUGGGCGCCGACGAGGUCGAACAACUUCUCAAGACGGAGUUUUACCGUUACUCGCACGCCGGCACUGGUCGGUCCCAUGUGGCUUGCCGGGAAUACCACGUCCCGGAAGGUGUGCAAUCGCACAUCGACUAUAUCACGCCCGGUGUCAAGCAUCUGGAGAUUCGAGAGGAGCGACCGGCUGAAAAACGUAGCGUUGACAAGCGGUCAUUUGGCAUUCUCCCACCAAUCCUCCGACCAUUGACCCUGCCUUUGGAGGAGUUACUAGGCCAGCUGCUGUUCUUGUGUGAUGUCGCUGUCACGCCUGCUUGCAUUCAGGGUAAGUCCACAUCCACCCCAACCUCCGUGAUGACUCGCGCUGACGGACCAGCCAUGUACAACGUAACCGACGGCGACAAGGCAACCAAGGGUAAUGAGCUCGGUAUCUUCGAGGAUCUAGGUGAUGUCUACAGCCAGGAUGACCUGGACCUCUUUUUCUCGACUCUCGCCCAUAAGAUCCCCACCGGCACACACCCAAUCCUCAACGCCAUCGACGGCGCCCAAGCACCAGCCGACACCACCAACGCCGGCACAGAAUCAGACCUCGACUUCGAGAUCUCGUACCCACUGAUCUGGCCCCAGAACUCCAUCCUCUUCCAAACCGACGACCCCGUCUACCAAAACAACUACACCUUCAACGGGUUCCUCAACAACUUCCUCGACGCUAUCGACGGAUCCUACUGCAGCGAGACCUCCCCACUCGACCCACCCUACCCCAACCCAGCCGACGGCGGCUACAAAUCCCCGCGCCAAUGCGGCGUCUACAAGCCCACAAACGUCAUCUCGAUCUCCUACGGCGGCGCCGAAUCCGACCUCCCGAUCGCCUACCAGCGCCGCCAAUGCCAA